AUAAAAUAGACUUUUUUUUAAGUGUUAGAAGGUGGUUAUCAUCAGUGAAUUAUUAAGGAAAAAUUAAUUCACUUUUUCAAAUUAACUAAUUCGUUGAAAGUGUUCAUGUACCUCAUUGUAAGGACUAUUUCUUGAGCAGGAGGUGAACGUACCGGCAAAUAAAAAUGUUAAUAAGAGCAGUGGCGAUCAUUUGGGUCGCCGUACUCUUGUGCCAUCUUCAAAUAGUUUCCACUCAGGUUACCAAUAUUUUCACCUGUCCAAAUGGUUGGGAGCUGAAAGGAAUACAUUGCUACAAAUUUUUCAACAUCAAACAUUCUUGGGAAAAGGCGGCUGAACUAUGUCGAAGGUAUGGAAGCGAGUUGAUGGUCAUCGAGUCCUACAGCGAAAACAACAUGUCUGCCAGUAUGGUAGGAAAAAAUCUAGAUAGGUACUGGCUAGGUCUAGCUUCUCUCGAUGAUUUAAGGACGAAUACACUAGAGUCAGCUGCGGGAAUGCUUGUUUCUCAAUAUGCAGGAUUUUGGGCUAAGAGGCAACCUGAUCCAAAUUAUGGAGAAUGUGUAGAUUUUGCUAUCUCUGAUGAUCAGCAACAAUCUUGGGAACUCACAACCUGUGAGUCUUUAUUACCAUUUAUGUGUCGAGCUAACGCUUGUCCGGCAGGAUCGUUUCAUUGUUCAAAUGGAAAGUGUAUCAACUCUGCUUUUAAAUGUGACAGACAAGAUGACUGUGGAGAUUCUUCUGAUGAAAUAGAUUGCCCAAAUAAUUGCCAAUACUAUAUGGCAAGUAGUGGCGACGUGGUUGAGAGUCCCAAUUAUCCCCAUAAGUAUACUCCUUUGAGUAACUGUAAAUGGACACUUGAAGGACCUCAAGGCCACAAUAUAUUACUCCAAUUCCAAGAAUUUGAAACAGAGAAGAGUUUUGAUAUUGUACAAAUUUUAGUUGGAGGAAGAACUGAAGAAAAAUCUGUAAAUCUCGCAACUUUAUCAGGAAAAGAAGAAUUAAGUAAUAAACUUUUUGUUUCGGCAAGUAACUUCAUGAUAAUUAAAUUCAGUACUGACGGAUCAGUAGAAAGGAAAGGAUUUAGAGCAUCUUGGAAAACAGAACCACAAACAUGUGGUGGAAUGUUGCGAGCUACACCUCAGGGACAAGUUUUAACGUCUCCAGGAUAUCCUCAAAACUAUCCUGGUGGUCUAGAAUGUCUCUACAUCAUCCAAGCACAACCUGGAAGAAUAAUUUCUUUAGAAAUCGAAUCAUUAGACUUGGAAAUGAAUAGAGAUUAUAUUUUAGUGAGAGAUGGCGAGUCUCCAAUGAGUAAACCAAUUGCUCGUCUUACUGGAAAAACUGAGGACAAUCCUACGGUGAUUAUGUCUACAAGUAAUAAUUUAUAUCUGUAUUUCAAGACAUCCUUGGGCGAUUCUCGCAGAGGAUUCAGUAUUCGUUACACUCAAGGUUGUAAAGCCACGAUAAUAGCACUCAAUGGAACAGUUCACUCCCCUUCUUACGGUCUGAAUGAUUAUCCUAACAACCAAGAGUGUUUCUACAGAGUAAAAAAUCCUAAAGGAAGCGCACUCUCUCUUAAAUUUACCAAUUUUAAUGUUCACAAUACUGAUUUCGUUCAAGUAUACGACGGAUCCAAUACUAAUGGACUCAGAUUGCAUUCUGGCGAUGGUUUUACAUCAAAUACUCGUCCUAAAAUUACUUUAACUGCUGAAAGUGGAGAAAUGCUCAUCAGAUUUGUUUCGGAUGCUCUCAGAAGUGCUAAUGGAUGGCAAGCAACAUUUUCUGCAGAUUGUCCACACAUUUUACCUGGUGAAGGGGCACUUGCAAGUAGUAGAGAUACAGCUUUUGGCACCGUUAUCACAUUCUCAUGCCCUCUAGGUCAAGAGUUCGCAACAGGGAAACCGAAAAUUACUACUGAGUGUCUUCCAGGUGGUAAUUGGUCAGUUACGUACAUUCCUAAAUGUCAAGAAGUCUAUUGUGGUCCAGUUCCUCAAAUAGAUAAUGGGUUCUCUAUUGGUUCGACUAAUGUAACAUACCGAGGACUCGCUACUUAUCAAUGUUAUGCAGGUUUUGCCUUCGCCUCUGGAAGGCCAAUUGAAAAAAUAUCUUGCUUGGCAGAUGGUAGAUGGGAAAAGAAACCUUCGUGUUUAGCAUCUCAAUGUGCUCCACUUCCCGAAGCACCAAAUGCUAACAUUACAAUUCUGAAUGGUGGAGGAAGAAGUUAUGGAACUAUUGUCAGAUUUGAGUGUGAGCCUGGAUAUGUGAGAAGUGGACACCCAGUUAUUUUAUGCAUGUCUAACGGUACCUGGUCCGAUAAUGUUCCUGUAUGUUCUCGAGCUAAAUGUCCGAUUCUACCUACGCUUAAAAAUGGCUUUGUAGUUGAUAAUUCUAAAGAAUAUUACUUCGGAGAUGAAGCAAGAGUUCAAUGUAACCGUGGAUAUAAAUUAACAGGAUCUAACAUAAUUACCUGUGGAGCAGACCAGCGAUUCGAAAAUGUUCCAUCUUGUGAAGACAUUAAUGAAUGUGCAUCAAGUCAAUGUGAUUUAGCUUCAACGGAAUGUGUAAAUAGUCCUGGAGCUUUCUCUUGUAAAUGUAAACCAGGAUUCUCGCCUACAAUGGAGUGUCGACCAAUCGGAGACUUAGGACUUAUUAAUGGAGGUAUUCCGGACGAAUCUAUCACAGUCUCUAGUUCUGAAAAUGGAUACUUUAAAACUGGAGUGCGUUUAAAUAGCGGUGAUGGCUGGUGUGGGAAUAAUAUUGAACCUGGAACGAAUUGGGUUAUGGUUGACAUGAAAGCUCCUGCAAUUAUUAAAGGAUUUAGAACCCAAGUUGUUGCUAGAACUGAUGGAAAUAUUGCCUUCACUUCUGCAGUUCGUAUUCAGUACACUGAUGAUCUCACUGACGCCUUUAGAGAUUAUACAAAUCCUGAUGGUACUCCAGUAGAAUUUAGAAUUUUAGAAGCUACUCUAUCAGUUUUGAAUCUUCCAGUACCAAUCGAAGCUCGUUAUAUUAAAUUCCGUAUUCAAGAUUACAUUGGAGCACCUUGUAUCAAAUUAGAAAUCAUGGGAUGCACGAGACUAGAAUGUACUGACAUUAAUGAAUGUGCUAUCAAUAACGGAGGAUGUCAUCAAAAAUGUAUUAACAGUCCUGGAAGCUUUUCCUGUAUGUGUAGUACUGGAUAUGAACUUUACAAAGGUAAUGGAACAGCUGGAUUCCUUAUUGGUAGAUCAGAAUCAGGAGAAAGGGAUGGAGACUUAUAUCAGAGAAACAAAACAUGUGUCCCUGUUAUGUGCCCUGCUUUAACAGCUCCUGAAAAUGGAAAAUUAAUGUCAACAAAAGAUCAAUUCCACUUUGGAGAUGUUGUUAGAUUCCAAUGUAACUUUGGUUAUGUUAUGCAUGGAUCAGCAGCCGUUAUGUGUACAUCCAUUGGCAUUUGGAAUGGAACAGUUCCUGAAUGUCAGUUUGCUAAAUGCGUUUCUCUUCCUGAUGAUAAAAAUGAAGGACUAUCAGUGAUCAGAAGUGAUGAGACAAGUGUUUUAGUACCUUUUGGACAAAAUGUUACAUUAAAAUGUGGAAAUACUGGUCGUUAUUUGAGGAAUACAGUUACUUCAAACUUCAGACAAUGUGUCUAUGAUCCUAAACCAGGUCUACCGGAUUAUUGGCUAUCGGGAUAUCAACCAGCAUGCCCUCGAGUAGAUUGUGGUAAACCUUUACCCACUCCAGGAGCUGAAUAUGGUCGAUAUGCAGAUACUAAAUAUCAAUCAUCAUUUUUCUUCGGUUGUCAAGAUACUUUCAAACUUGGUGGACAAACGAAUCGUCAUGACAAUGUUGUUCGUUGUCAAGCUAACGGAGUAUGGGACUUUGGUGAUUUAAGAUGUGAAGGACCAGUCUGCGAAGAUCCCGGAAGACCUAGUGAUGGUUACCAAAUGUCUAGAAGCUAUGAGCAAGGCUCUGAAGUUCAAUUUGGUUGUAAUCGACCAGGAUAUAUUUUAAUCAAUCCUCGGCCAAUAGUUUGUGUUAGAGAGCCUGAAUGUAAAGUAGUUAGACCUCUUGGAAUUGCUUCUGGACGAGUUCCAGAUUCUGCCAUUAAUGCGACAACUGAUAGACCUCUUUAUGAAGCUAGACAUGUGAGAUUAAAUUCUGUAACUGGUUGGUGUGGUCAGCCAGAAGCUUUCACAUAUGUCAGUGUUAAUCUUGGCAAAGUUUAUAGAGUCAAAGCUAUUUUAGUUAAAGGAGUCGUUACUAAUGAUGUCGUUGGACGACCUACAGAAGUAAGAUUCUUUUAUAAACAAUCGGAAAAUCAAAAUUAUGAAGUUUAUUUCCCUAACUUCAAUCUUACUAUGAGAGAUCCUGGAAAUUAUGGAGAGCUCGCUAUGAUUACUUUACCUAAAUCAAUUAAAGCAAGAUAUGUUAUUCUAGGAAUUGUUAGUUAUUUGAAGGCUCCUUGUCUAAAAUUCGAAUUAAUGGGUUGUGAAGAACCUGAAGUCGAACCUCUUCUUGGAUACGAUUAUGGUUUCUCUCCUUGUGUUGACAACGAGCCUCCAGUCUUCCAAAAUUGUCCUCAACAACCAAUAAUGGUUCAAAAAGGUCCUAACGGUGAAUUGUUGCCAGUCAAUUUUACAGAGCCUACUGCUAUUGAUAAUAGUGGAAGUAUUGCAAGAUUAGAUGUAGAACCGAGAAGCUUCAAGACACCUAUAAUGAUUUUUGAAGAUACUGUAGUAAAAUAUGUAGCUUUUGACUAUGAUGGAAAUGUGGCAAUUUGUGAAAUAAAUAUUACCGUACCUGAUGUGACUCCACCAAGACUCAGUUGUCCUCAAAGUUAUGUUAUUGAAUUAGUUGAUCGCCAAGACAGCUAUACAGUUAAUUUCAAUGAAACUCGAAGAAGAAUUAAUACCACAGAUGCUUCAGGUCCAGUGAGAGUAACAUUCAUACCAGAAAAAGCAGUUAUUCCUAUUGGUGGAUUUGAAAAUGUCACAGUUUAUGCAACAGAUUCUAGUGGAAAUCGAGCUUCUUGCCAUUUCCAAGUUUCUGUUCAAGCUACUCCAUGUGUAGAUUGGGAGCUUAAACCUCCUGCAAAUGGAGCUCUAAAAUGUGUACCAGGUGAUAAAGCUCUUCAAUGUAUCGCCACUUGUCGAUCAGGUUUUAGAUUUACAGAUGGUGCACCUGCAAAAACAUUUACUUGUGAUAGUGUUAGACACUGGACACCUACAUCCGUUGUACCAGAUUGUGUUUCUGAAAAUACUCAGCAAGCUGAUUAUCAUGUAGUUGCUUCAGUAACUUAUCGAGCUCAUGGAGCUGUAUCAAGAAAUUGUCUUCCUCAAUAUCAAGAUUUGAUGGCUCAAUACUAUUCGAGAUUGAACAAUAUUUUAACUCAACGUUGCUCAGCAGUUAAUGUAAAUAUGAAUGUCUCUUUCAUUCGAUCAAUGCCAUUAUUACUCGAUGAAAAUCUUCUUAAGAUGGACUUUGUUCUUGCUAUUGUACCAGCAGUUCGUCAAUCACAAUUAUACGAUCUUUGUGGAUCGACUCUUAAUCUCAUUUUUGAUCUCUCCGUACCUCAUGCCAGUGCAGUAAUUGAGCCACUUUUGAAUGUAUCAGCUAUUGGUAACCAAUGUUCACCUCUUCGAGCUCUUCGAUCAUCCAUCAGUCGAGGAUUUACUUGCAGUAUCGGUGAGGUGCUAAAUAUGGAUACCAAUGAUGUCCCAAGAUGUCUCCAUUGUCCAGCAGGUACUUUUGCAGGAGAAAAACAAAAACAAUGUACAGUUUGUCCCAAAGGAUUUUACCAAAAUAGUGAUCGUCAAGGGGCAUGUUUACGUUGUCCAUUUGGAACAUAUACUAAAGAAGCAGGUUCUAAGAGUAUCGAUGAUUGUAUUCCAGUCUGUGGAUAUGGAACUUACUCACCAACUGGUUUAGUACCUUGUCUAGAAUGUCCAAGAAAUAGUUACACUGGAGAACCGCCUAUUGAUGGUUAUAAAGACUGUCAAACAUGUCCAGCAGGUACAUUUACUUACCAACCAGCAGCACCGGGUAAGGAUCGCUGUCGUGCUAAAUGCUCUCCUGGAAUGUACUCAGAUACUGGAUUGGCACCUUGUGCACCAUGUCCUAAAAACUUUUAUCAAGACCGCUAUGGCGCCACAACUUGUACAGAAUGUCCUGAUGAUACUUUCACUGAUGAUUCUAAAUCUACUGGUCGAGAAGCCUGUAAGAGUAUAACUUCUAAUAGUGCCAUUUGUCAACAUGGUGGAACUCCCGUUGCAAUGGGCCAUGGAGUUCAAUGCUUAUGUCCAGCUGGAUUCUCUGGACGUCGAUGUGAAAUUGACAUUGAUGAAUGUGCUUCUCAACCUUGUUACAAUGGAGCUUCUUGUGUUGAUCUUCCUCAAGGCUAUAGAUGUCAAUGUCCUCCAGGAUACUUUGGAAUUAAUUGUCAAGAAGAAAAAUCAGAUUGCUCUAAUAAUACUUGUCCAGAACGAGCUAUGUGCAAAGAUGAACCUGGAUACAAUAAUUAUACAUGUCUUUGUAGGUCUGGGUACACUGGAGUCAAUUGUGACAUUACAAUAAAUCCAUGUACUGCUGGUGGAAAUCCAUGUCAUAACGGUGCUACUUGUGUAGCUCUUCAACAAGGUCGAUACAAAUGCGAUUGUCUUCCAGGUUGGGAAGGUCAAAGCUGUGAAAUAAAUACUGAUGAUUGUGCAGAAAGACCAUGUCUUCUUGGAGCUAAUUGUACUGACUUAGUCGCUGAUUUCUCCUGUGACUGUCCUCCUGGCUUUACUGGCAAACGUUGUCACGAAAAAAUUGACCUUUGCUCCGGAAAUCCUUGUCUUAAUGGUAUUUGUGUUGAUAAACUUUUCCAUCACGAGUGUAUUUGCCACCCGGGUUGGACUGGUGCUGCCUGUGAAACAAAUAUCAAUGAAUGUGCUAGUAAACCUUGUCAGAAUAAUGGUCAAUGUCUUGAUCAAAUAGCUGGAUAUACUUGUACUUGUGAGCCAGGUUAUACUGGUCAACAGUGCCAACAUACUAUUGAUGAUUGUGCUUCAGAUCCUUGUCAAAACGGAGCAACAUGUGUCGAUCAACUUGAAGGAUUCGUUUGCAAAUGUAGGCCUGGUUUUGUAGGUCUACAGUGUGAAGCUGAAAUUGAUGAAUGUCUUAGUGAUCCUUGCAACCCAGUAGGGACAGAUCGUUGUGUGGAUCUUGAUAAUAAAUUUUUAUGUCAUUGCAGAGAAGGUUAUACCGGUUCUGUUUGUGAGAUUAACAUCAAUGACUGCGCCUCAAGUCCUUGUCUCAACGGUGCUACUUGUAGAGAUGAAGUUGGAGACUUUAAAUGUAUUUGUCCUGAUGGAUGGGCUGGCACUCGAUGCGAACAGGAUGUAGGAAUGUGUUUGAAUAAACCGUGUCAGAAUGACGCAGCUUGUGUUGAUCUUUUCUUAGACUACUUCUGUGUGUGCCCAUCAGGGACGGACGGUAAGCAAUGUGAAACAGCGCCUGAGAGAUGUAUUGGCAAUCCUUGUAUGCAUAAUGGAAGAUGUCAAGAUUUUGGAUCAGGUCUUAAUUGUACUUGUCCUGAUGAUUACACUGGAAUUGGUUGUCAAUAUGAAUAUGACGCUUGCCAAGCAGGUGCUUGUAAAAACGGAGCUACUUGUACAGACAAUGGUCUUGGAUUUACUUGUACUUGUCCUCCAGGAUAUACUGGUAAAACAUGUGAAGAAGAUAUCAUCGAUUGUAAAGAGAACUCUUGUCCUCCAUCUGCAACUUGUAUUGAUUUGACUGGCAAAUUCUUCUGUCAGUGUCCAUUUAAUUUAACUGGUGAUGAUUGCAGAAAAUCUAUUCAAGUAGAUUAUGAUCUCUACUUUACUGAUCCAACAAGAAGUAGCGCAGCACAAGUCAUUCCGUUCUUUACUGGAAUUCAAAAGAGCUUGACCAUUGCUAUGUGGGUUCAAUUCACUCAAAAAGAUGAAGCUGGAACUUUCUUCACACUUUAUGCUGUUUCUUCACCUCACGUUCCCACAAAUCGAAGACCAAUGAUACAAGCUCAUAGCAACGGAGUUCAGGUUUCACUUUUCCACGAUCUUCAAGAUGUUUAUCUUCCAUUUAGGGAAUAUGCUACCAUUAAUGAUGGACAGUGGCAUCACGUAGCUGUUGUUUGGAAUGGAGAAAAUAGUGGAGAAUUAAUUCUUAUUACUGAAGGAUUAAUUGCUAGUAAAACUGAAGGCUAUGGAAGUGGAAGAACUCUUCCUCCAUAUGCUUGGGCAGUUUUGGGUAAACCACCAAGUGAAAACUCUAAAGGAUAUACUGACUCUGGCUUCCAAGGACAAAUAACGAAAGUUCAAGUUUGGUCUCGUGCUUUACAUGUCACUAAUGAAAUCCAAAAACAAGUCCGAGAUUGUCGAACUGAACCAGUUUUAUAUCAAGGUCUUGUUCUUACUUGGGCUGGUUAUGAUGAAAUUAUUGGAGGUGUUGAAAGAGUUGUACCAUCUCACUGCGGUCAACGAGUUUGUCCUCCAGGAUAUGGCGGUACCAAAUGUCAACAGCUAGAAGCAGAUAAAAUUCCUCCGAAAGUCGAACAUUGUCCUGGAGAUCUCUGGGUCAUCGCUAAAAAUGGGUCAUCAAUCGUUACUUGGGAUGAACCCCACUUCUCUGAUAAUGUUGGAGUAGUGAAAAUUCAAGAAAAGAGUGGGCAUCGAUCAGGACAAACUCUACUCUGGGGAACUUAUGAUAUCAGCUAUGUCGCUUAUGAUCAAGCAGGAAACUCUGCUACUUGUAGUUUUAAAGUCUAUGUUCUUGCUGAUUUCUGUCCUGAACUUGCUGAUCCUAUUGGCGGAACUCAACAAUGUAAGGACUGGGGAUCAGGAGGACAAUUCAAAGUGUGCGAGAUUUCAUGUAAUUCUGGAUUGAGAUUUUCUCAAGAAAUUCCCAAGUUCUAUACCUGCGGAGCUGAAGGUUUCUGGAGACCAACUAUUGAUCCUAACUUACCAGUUGUCUAUCCUGCUUGUACUGCUGCUACUCCAGCUCAAAGAGUCUUUAGAAUAAAGAUGAAUUUCCCUACAUCAGUACUAUGUAAUGAGGCUGGACAAACUGUGCUAAAACAAAAAGUUCGCAGUGCUGUUAAUUCUCUUAAUAGAGAUUGGAACUUCUGUUCUUACUCUCUUGAAGGUACUCGAGAAUGUAAAAACUUAGAUAUCGAUGUCCAAUGUGAUCACAGAAUUCGAACUGCUCGGGAAGUUAAUGAAGAGGAUGGUGGAACAUACACAAUUUCAGCUGCAGUACCUGCAGAACCAACAAGACAUGCACGCCAAGGAAGUGAUACCUACGAAGUGGAGAUUGCAUUCCCAGCAAUAAAUGAUCCUAUUCAAAAUACCAACUCCAAUGAACGUGCAACCGUCCAAAGCCUUUUGGAGAAGCUUAUCUUAGAAGAAGAUCAAUUCGAUGUUCAUGAUAUCUUACCAAACACAGUUCCUGAUCCUGCUUCAUUGACUUUGGAGUCUGAUUAUGCCUGUCCAGUUGGUCAAGUCGUAAUGGCACCCGACUGUGUACCUUGUGCUGUUGGAAGCUAUUACGAUGAAUCAACCAAAAAAUGUGAAGCCUGCCCAAUUGGAACGUACCAAAGCGAAUCAGGUCAAUUAAAAUGCAGCAGUUGUCCAGUGAUUGCUGGUCGAUCAAGUGUGACAAUUGGACCUGGUGCUCGAAGUGCAGCUGAUUGUAAGGAACGGUGCCCAGCAGGAAAGUAUUAUGACGAUGUUGCGGGCUUGUGUAAGAGUUGUGGUCAUGGAUUCUAUCAACCGAAUGAAGGAAGCUUCUCUUGUUUACUUUGUGGUCUUGGAAAAACCACAAGAACAGCUGAGGCUGUGUCUCAUGAAGAAUGCAGAGAUGAAUGUGGAUCAGGUCAGCAGUUAGCAGUGGAAGGAAAAUGCGAGCCUUGUCCUAAAGGAACUUAUAGAACCCAGGGAGUUCAAGCUGCUUGUCAAGCUUGUCCUCUUGGAAGAACUACCCCCAAUAUGGGUUCAGCUGCUAUUGAAGAAUGCUCUCUUCCAGUUUGUGAACCUGGAACUCAUUUAAAUGGAACUCUAAAUGAAUGCAUACCUUGUAAAAAAGGAACAUAUCAAUCAGAACCUCAACAAACCUUCUGUAUUCCUUGUCCACCUAAUACUAGCACCAAAGGACCUGCUGCUACCAGCAAAGCUGAAUGUACUAAUCCAUGUGAAAUGAGUGGAGAAGAAAUGCAUUGUGACGCCAAUGCUUAUUGCUUGCUCAUCCCUGAAACCAGUGAAUUUAAAUGUGAAUGCAAGCCAGGAUAUAAUGGAACUGGAACUGUUUGUACAGACGUUUGUACAAAUUACUGUGACAAUGAAGGAGUUUGUAUAAAGGAUUCUCGAGGUCAACCUUCUUGUAGAUGUAGCGGUAGUUUCACGGGCAAACAUUGUACAGAAAAGUCAGAAUUCUUUUACGUGAUUGGAGGUGUUGCUGGUGGAGUUAUUCUCAUUAUUUUCAUAGUAUUAUUGGUUUGGAUGAUUUGCGUUCGAGCUUCAAAGAAAAGAGAACCUAAAAAGAUGAUUACUCCAGCUACAGAUCAAAAUGGAUCCCAAGUUAACUUUUAUUAUGGUGCUCCUACUCCUUAUGCUGAAUCCAUUGCUCCUUCUCAUCACAGUACUUAUGCACAUUAUUAUGAUGAUGAAGAGGAUGGAUGGGAAAUGCCAAAUUUUUAUAAUGAGACUUACAUGAAAGAAAGUCUACAUAAUGGAGGUAAAAUGAAUAGUUUAGCGCGUUCUAAUGCUAGCAUUUAUGGUACGAAAGAUGAUCUUUAUGAUAGACUGAAACGUCACGCUUAUCCGGGAAAGAAAGAAAUUUAAUUAUGGUUCCAGACAAGAGUGACAGUGACAGCGAGGGUCAGUGACCACCGAAGAUAUUUACGUUCUCUUAUACUGAUGAAUAAUAUAUUUAUUGGUUAAUAAUAGGAUGUACAAAGUUUACGAAUCUCAGGAGAAUUUAAUUAAGGGAAUGGAAUUUACCAGUCAACAAAAAACAAUAUGGAAUGCUAUAAAUAAACAUGACUUGGUAGUCCUGAAACAAUGAUAACUAUUUUUAUAGUUAACGUCAGUCUACUUAAAUGCAAAAUCAUUAAAAUACAUAUUCAAAACUUUCUCCUGAACUCUGAAAGUCAAUCGAAUAUCUUCAAUAUGUAGUAAAGAGUGUGCGUAUGUGUGAUUGUAAUUUUUGUAUUUAAAUAACAACUAUUUUCUUUUAAUUUAGAAAUAAAUUCUUUUUUACUUAAAUCAGAAUUUUAAUAAGUGUGACAGUGGAAUGUAUGUCUGAAUGUAUUAAUUAUAAUUAUUUUGAUUAAAUAGACUCCAUAAAAAAUUUUUAUAUUAU